GCACACGCUUGGAAUAACCGGAAUCACCGCGCACCAAAAAGGUUUUCUUUUCUUGCUUCUUUAUUCACACCAGCAGCUGGAGUAAAAGAACACAUCCGAGGACAGAAGAUCGGAAGGCAUGUCGUCUGAAAAACACGGGCUCGAUGACUCCGGCCGUCAGACCAUGCAGCCUCCUCCCUAUCUGCCCGGCCCACAAGACCCCAACGUUCCCCAGCACCCCAACAUGCCUCCGGCACCGGGCACGCAGCCCAACUACCCCCCUCCGCCUCCUCCUCCAGGCUCAGAGGGAUACCUCCAAGAGACUCAGUUCCACUGCGGACCAAUGGGACCUCCGGGGGCCCCGCAGGGCUACACCGUCCAGACCCAGGGCCCUGGAGGCACCAUGGCGCACCCCCCUGUGGGCUACCUCCACCCAGGAUACCCGCUUCAGCUGCAGCCCUGCACGGCUUACGUACCCGUCUACCCCAUGGCAUCAGGUCAACCCUACAUGCCGGCGGGGGGAGCCCACCCAGGGAUCCCACCGGGUCAGAUUCACCCCAUGCAAAUGCCGCCCAGCAUCACCCUGAUGGACCGUCGACCGCCUCACGACUAUCUGCCCAUCGCAGUCCUCACCACUGUCUGCUGCUUCUGGCCCACAGGCAUCAUUGCAAUCAUCAAAGCCGUGCAG